AUGUUCUCACUGACCGGCAGUGCUCUCGACCUCAGUUGUUCACGCACCAAUCAGGAGGCGUCACACAUGGUCGACAUCGACCCAACCUCGGGGCCAUCGGCCGGUGACGAGGAAACUCGAACUCGCCGAACACGAGUCGUCGUCAUCGGAGCCGGUUUCGGCGGCAUCGGAACGGCUGUCCGCUUGAAGCAGUCCGGGAUCGACGACUUCGUCGUUCUGGAACGUGCUGCGGAGCCCGGGGGACCUGGCAGGUCAAUACCUACCCCGGUGCACAGUGCGACAUCCCGUCGAUUCUGUACUCGUUCUCGUUUGCGCCUAAUCUCGAACUGGACGCGGCUGUAUCCGCUACAGCCCGAGAUCUACGACUAUCUCCGGGAUUGCGUCCGUCGCUUCGGACUGGCCGGUCAUUUCCACUGCAACCAGGACGUGACAGAAGCUUCGUGGGACGAGCAAGCCCAGAUCUGGCGGGUACACACUGCGGAAACCGUCUGGGAGGCACAGUUCCUGGUCGCGGCCACCGGCCCGUUCAGUGCCCCCGCCACACCCGACCUUCCCGGGCUCGAAUCGUUUCGUGGUCAGAUGUUCCACACCGCGGACUGGAACCACGACCACGACCUUCGCGGUGAGCGGAUAGCCGUGGUCGGCACCGGCGCCUCUGCGGUGCAGAUCAUCCCCAGACUGCAACCGCUCGCGGACACGUUGACCGUGUUCCAGCGGACACCGACGUGGAUCCUGCCGCAUCCGGAUCAGCCGAUGACCGGCUGGCCAAGCGCUCUCUUCGAGCGGGUGCCGCUCACCCAACGACUGGCACGCAAGGGACUCGACCUGCUUCAAGAAGCCCUGGUACCCGGAUUCGUGUACAAGCCGUCACUUCUCAAAGGGCUGGCCGCACUCGGCCGAGCACACCUUCGCCGGCAGCGUCCGACGUUCUCGAACACCUACUAUCCCGCGCUGGCGUCACCCAAUGUGGAGGUGGUGACGGACGGAAUCGUCGAGGUGCAGGAGCGCGGAGUUCUCACCGCGGACGGCGCCUUCCGGGAAGUCGACACCAUAGUCAUGGGAACCGGCUUUCGGAUGGGAGACAACCCGUCUUUCGACAUCAUCCGGGGCCAGGACGGCCGCAGCCUCGCGCAGACGUGGAACGGCAGUGCCGAGGCCUUCCUCGGCACCACUAUCAGCGGUUUUCCGAACUUCUUCAUGAUCCUCGGCCCCAAUUCCGUGGUCUACACCUCGCAGGUCGUCACGAUCGAAGCCCAGGUCGAGUACAUCGUGAGCUGCAUUCUUCAAAUGGACGAGCGCGGCAUCCGGCAGCAUCGACACCGCCGACUCGCCACCAGCGUGUGGAACGCCGGCGGGUGCAGUAGUUACUACCUUGUCGACGGCGGCCGCAACUACACCUUCUAUCCCGGAUUCAACCGAUCAUUCCGCGCCAGGACCAAACGAGCCGACCUCGCUCACUACGCGCAGGUACAACCCGUCUCGUCCGCAGCACUCACCACUGCUCGAGAAACCGCACACCCGUCGUCGCACCGUCCGGCGCUCGCCGCUACACCGACGAAGCACAUGCGAUCGCCGCGCGGGACGUCGAAUUCGACUGGGACGGCGUACCACUGCAUUACGUGCCGAACAGAACCGAUGGUCACCCACGUCAUCAACUUCAUGCAUCUCGUGUUGCCCGAGGGAGAGCGGGCCAUGUCCGCAACGCUCGCCGAAGCACUCCCGCUCAUCGAGGACACCCGCCUGCACGAAGAGGUGGUGGAUUCGUCGGCCAGGAAGCAACACACGCGUCGUCGCACAAAGGUGCACGCGAACAUCUUGCGGACCUCGGCAUGGACA